AUGGAAAGGAUUCAGCAGCUGCGUGUAUUUUUGCUGUGCUUUCUGGCUGUCCACCAGUGCCUGGCUAUGACACUACAAAGCCAAUGUCUCGAUGAUUCAAUCUGUACGUACAAUUUUGAGGAUUACUACAGCCAGAUGGGUAACUUGCCCAACCGCAUCAAUGAGCGCAGUAUUGCCCCCUGGGAUUAUAUUAAAAACAUAGAUUUGAACCGGAUACCUCAGGUGAUAAGUGAAGCAAGCUGCCACACCAGCCACUCCUGCAGAGGGCUCGACAAUGCGUUUGGUCUCGAGACCAUACCUGUAGCGCUGAGAAUGCCCGUCCUUAAGAAGAAUCCCGGCUGUUUUCCGAUGGGAAGCUACUCCUUGGAGUUUGAACUCAUCAACAUAGCUUGUAUUUGUGCUAUUGCCAGACACAGCUGA